GCGGAUAAACAGGUACGGAAGAUUUAAACCUGUUCUUAAAAAAUAAGGAGAAUAAACACUCAACAAGAAAACUAUGGCUACCGGAGGAUUUGACGAUACACUUCUAGAUUGUGGUAGUGACGCCGUCGGUGGAAGAGUCGGGAGCAAGUGCGAACCUUGUCGUCGUCGGGACAGGUCAGAGGUGGCUUCGUUGUAUUGUAAUACAUGCAAGGUCUAUCUAUGCGAUGACUGCUGUGAUGGACACAAGGUGCACAUGACUAACGUAGAUGAACAUCAUAUUGUGGCUGCCAAUGAAGCCUGUGUCAAGCCAGAUGUCGAUAUGAAGGGACUGGAUCAGUGUUUAGAACAUAAACGAGUGUUCAUGUUUCACUGUGAAGACCACGAAGAUUUGUGCUGUGAAAUAUGUGCCUUUUCUCGUCAUCGUAGAUGCGAUAAUAUCCACGAAAUAGCAAUGGUAGCUAAGAAUGUGAAAGAUGAUGAAAGGGAAAAGAUACGUUCAUCCAUUAAUUCUGCCUCAGAAGUUAUAAUGAAAUGCGAGGAGGAUCAAUUGAACAACGUUUCGCGAGUGGAAGAAAUCGUAAAAGAAAUUGAUAUUUACAAGGAAGACUUAUUAACGAAAAUUGAGAAGGCUAAGGCGCGAAUUGUCAGCGAAAUGACUAACCAUAACACACAGGAAGACGAACGUCUUAAUACGAGGAGAAAUGUGGCUGAAAACCUGAAGAAAGAACUCCACACGAACUUGGCAAUGUCUGAUAGCGUUCGCGAGAAAGGCACGGAAACGGAAAUAUUCAUUCUAAACCACAUUCUCAAAAUGACGCAAGAGAAGGCAGCACAAACACUGAACACUUUAUUGAAGAAUGAUUACACCGUCAAAGUGGGACUAAGAAUCAACGAAAACAUUUUACAAAUUAAAACUACUGAUGUCGCAUUAUUCUCAUUAAAUAAAACACAAGAGCCAAAAACACAAGAACCAAAAACACAAAGGCCGGUGAGUCUAGAGUUGUUGAAAACCAUGGAGCUUGUGAAGACAGGAUACGACCAGAUGAAGCCGUUUGUUUCUGGGCUGGACUUUCUGCCGGACGGGAGGAUCGUCGCCGUGGAUAAAUACAACUGGAAAUGUUUUAUUUUGAGUGACACAUUGAAGAGGUUCGACACAUUUUAUAAAUUUCAGAUAUAUCCUAGGGACGUAACAUCGUACUCUGAUAACAAUAUUGCAGUAACCGUUAGUUCCGGAGAUAUCCGAACCAUCUGCCUUCUGACAGUGGACAGUGACAACACGUUCACGCUGAUGAAGACGCUGCCCACGUCCACCAAAUGCUUCUCCAUCUGUCCCCUGAACGACCGCACGUUCGUAGUGAGCACUUAUUACGACCCGCGGCCUGCCAGGGUGAUAGACGUGGACGGCAAGGAGAGCGACUUCGACAGCGUGAAGUUUCCUGGAAAGACGUAUAAGCUUGAUGCAAGUACAUGUACCUACAUACAAUCCCGGGGUACUCUGGUCCUUACAGACAGACAUGCUCACACAGUUCACGUGUAUAACACCGUAUCCGGCAAGAGUAGAGAGGUGAAAGGUGGCCGGAUACGGGAUCCAAGAAGUGCAUGUGUGGGACCAGGUAACUCCGUGUUUGUGUGCAGCCAGAACACAAACUCCGUCAUCCAGAUAUCAACUGAGGGGGACAUAUUGGCGUCAUGUGAAGUCGACAUGAAGCUUCCGUACGCCGUUACCGUCUCCAGGGAUGGCUCGAGAAUGGCCGUGACCAACUGUCCGGAAGGCGUGAAUACACUGAAGCUGUUUAAAAUAGUACAAUGAAAGCGUAUUUGUAAAAAUUAGAAAUAAAUAAAUAUGUAUUGUAUAAUCGAUUAUGAAAGUUACUAUAUUAUGUGUUUAAACAAUAUUUGUUAGAAGUUUGUAACUAAGAUUAUUGUAAUUAUAAAAUGUAUUUGUGAAACAAAGACCUUUAAUUGUCUUGUAUUGAUAUGUUUUUAAGAUAAAUAUGUCUCUAAAUAUAUAUGAUUGGAAAAUGAGUAAACACUCCUACGACAGAAAAAUCAAACUUAGAAACGAACACAAUUCUUAAGAUUCUUAUGAAACGCCUUCAAGAGUAUUGUAUUUACUGAACUAAAACAUGUCCUCAAUAUAUAUAAAUAUUAUCAAAAUGUGAUGAUUUAUUGUAUUGAGUAUACUAUCAGUUAAAGUGCGAGUCGUUGAUGAUGCUGAUUUCGCGACUUUAAUGAUAUAUACAUGUAUCUUGCGCUCCGCGUUCGUGUAUUAUUUCUAUCACCAUGGUAGUGAGUGCAUGAAUAAUAGUUGAUUUCCAGGUUGUUAUGUUAAAAUUAAUAAUUUCAUGUCGAAGAACAUAUUUAAUAUUAUUCAAUUAAUACAAAAUAAUACACAAUUUUGCAUAUUGUAAAAGCCUAAACUGGUAUUAGUUAUAUAUUUUUAAUCUAUUAGCUCCAUAUUUUACUCCUAAAUUCUACUCCUGUUAUUUUCCCCACUAUUAUUUUUUUUCAUAUUUCACGAUUUUAUUAUUCAUUGCUCUUGUAAAAAAGGAUGUAUGUUUGAAUUAUCGUCACACUUUUUUACAUUAUUACAUGUGAGAUGUAUAUGCAUUGAUUUCAUUUACCUAAGAAUAUUGAGAAGUCUGUUUGCUUUGAUUAAUAUUGAAGUUAUUGAAAUAAAAAUAU